CUGCUGCGAGUCAGCUGCGGUAGAACCCGCGCUGCCAGCUGCGGUCGGACCCGCGCUGCCCGAGGUCGGGGGCCUACAAGAGCAGGUGCUGGAAGGUGACCGACUGCGGUUAGCCCCGCUUGGGAAUGCCAUCGCGCUCGACUCAGGCGAGCAGAUCAGCGCAGCGCCGAGGAAGCAGGUGAUCAAGCACAACUACACGCCGACGGACAGCAGCGCCGUUGGCUCGAAAGGGAUCGGAGGCGAGGAGAUCGAGGGGCACGGCCAUGCGGAGCUUAACCUGUCCAGAGGAGGAGAGGUGAUCCAAGUUGGUGCGGAAGCUGCCGACGUGGAGUACCCCGUUGUGGCCGCAGAUGCGGUAGUGCAACGAGGCCAGAGCGUUCUCCAUAGCCCCGCAGGCCACUGGAUCAUCAACGGCACCAUCGAGCCACCUGAUGGAGCUGAGUUCGUGGCUCAACGACGUCAUCAGGCCAACUGCUACUUAGAGCGCGAUCAACUCAUAGACUGCGAGACCCAUCCAGACGCCGCGCACGUAGCAGCAGUGAGGAAGACGCUGCCGCGGAAGGUCCCAGCUGAGCAAGCAGGCGGAUCUUUGCCGAGGGCUCUCUGCCCAGAGGCGGACGAGGUCGCGACUGUGCCGGCGAGGGGCAUCACCUACCUUUUCGCCCUUGGUGCCCACCGCGCGUGGAAGGUCGAGCGGGGGCCAGCGGGCGAGAAGCAUGUUCCGAAGGUGGCGCUCGACAUCUUCUGCGUCGGGACUGACCAGUUGGCGGCUAAGCACAAGCUCGAACGAGGCUACUUCAGCUUCCGUGAGAAACCGCUGGCAACGAAAGCAGAUCCAGAACCGUCGAUCGCAGUUCUGAACGCGGCUUGCAAGAUCCCGGCGCAGGCGACGCUCUAUGCUAACCGAGAUUUCGACGACUACAGGGCGUCCUUCCUGAUAGCUUUGCUAGAGGUCUGGGGUCACGCGGGCCACGCGACAGUCGCGCCCCAGACAGACCGGGAGCCGGCCGCGAUGGCCCUGGCAAGUGCAGUUCGAGAUUGCAGGUCCCGCUCAACCUUGGCCCGGGGGUCACCGCCUUUUUCCCAGAAGAGUGCUUGCUACGCCGAGGGUGCCAACAAUCUUGCAGCAGGCUUGCUGCGGACCCACAAGCUGAAGUUGGAGCACAAUUGGGGGCGCGAGAUCAAGAUGGCGGAUCCGAUUGCGCCUUGGCUCGUCAAUUCGGCGGGCUGGAUGAUCACCGGGCUUCAGCCACGAAACCAUGGAGGCUCUUCCCUCAAGAUGCUGCACGGCAAGGAGUACAGCGGGGAGAUCGCGGAGACGGUCGAGCAGGUCUGGCAUCGGAUCUCAGCGCGAGUUGCUUCUGGACGCGGCAAGUGGGAGGCCCGCUUCGCGAGAGGGAUCUGGAUUGGAAAGAGCGAGUUUGACGGCGCUCACCUCGUGAUCGACCCAGAGUGCGGCGCGCAGAAGGUCGCGACCGUGCGGAGGAUGCCAGAGGAGUUGCGAGCAGUUGGAAAAGGGCCUCGUGGCCCCCGGGGCCACGGUCGCGGCGCCAGCCCCGGCUGCGGGGGCGCCCGCGCCUGGCGCAGCGGCUGGGCCAGCAGCGGCAUCAAGCAGCAGCGAGGCAGCGGUAGCACUCGCACCUAA